AUGUCUGACGAGGAAUCGAGGGCCAUGGCCGUGAGGACGGUCGCGGCCGUCUUCAUGUGCAUUGCCACCAUCUCGGUGAUGCUGCGUUGCUACGUCCGUGGUUUCUUGGUGAAGGCAUUUGGAUGGGAUGAUGGUUCGAUGGUGGUCGCAGCAUUAUUCUACGUGAUGUUCAGCGCCUGUAUGAUUGGAGGAACCCGCUAUGGUACCGGUUACCAUUUUACAAAUCUCGAGCCCGAUGAUCGUGUAACGGCCAUGGAGUAUUGGUGGUUUUGCGAGAUUGCAUACUGCUUCGCCUCGAUCUUCUGCAAGAUUUCUAUUUGCAUUUUCUUAUUACGAAUUACCGUCAAACGAAUUCAUAAUUGGAUCCUCUACAUCGUCAUGGUCUUGACCGUUCUAGCCGGUCUAGUCUUCAUGUUCCUGAUGCUUCUACAAUGCAAACCGCUCUCAUUUUUCUGGACGCGAGCGGCUCGGGACCCUGCCAUUGCGGGACACUGCAUUAGUAUCGACAUCAUCAUCACCAUGACUUAUGUCUACAGUGCAUUCUCCGCCGCCUGUGAUUUCACCGUUGGCAUAUUGCCCAUCUUCAUCGUGCACAAGCUGCACAUGAGAAAGGAGGCUAAGUUGGCCGUCGUGGGUAUUCUGAGCAUGGCUUGCAUUGCUUCGUCGGCCGUCAUUGUCAGAUUCCCCUUCGUGAAGACAUUCCGCAUCGAAAACGACUUCCUGUGGGCGACCUACCAGAUCGCUAUCUGGUCUAACAUUGAGGCCGGACUCGGAAUUACAGCUGGCAGUCUUGCAACCCUCCGACCUCUCCUCCGUCACUGGCUAGGCUCACGGACUGACUCAAAUUAUCCGUCUGGUUUUGCAGGGCCCUCAGGGUCUCGCAGAAUCAAAGCCAGCGCACAGAGGGGGCUACCAUUGGGAUCCGUCGAUACUAGUCGGCCGGGAGGUUUGAGACCAGACAAGCUGGCUGUAAUGGUCACAAACAUUGAAAGUCAGAGGGACCCAGAAAAUACAUGGGCCGGUUCGUCAUCGAGUCCAAACAGCAGCGAGGAAAGGUUGAAUUUUGAUCAACCGUCACCCGGCCACCGCAAAAUAGAAGUGGGCAUUCACCAAACAUUCGAGGUCACGCAAACGUCUGCAGAUGGCGACGAUGGAUCUCAGGGAGCUCGCCAUACUGCGCGAGAGCAUGUAUAA